AUGACUAAAUCAUUUCAACAAGCUUUCAAUGCUUUAAAAGAGCAUACAUGCCUUAGCUACGCCAAAAUCGCCACCAUGGGGGGCCUUUGCAACGUUGAUCACAUCAUUGUAAAAGCAACGGCUCCGAACGGUUCUCCGUUAUCCGACAAAUACGUCCACCAAUUGCUCCGGCUAUUCGCCAUUUCUCCACCGUGUUGCCGAGCUUUCUCUCUUGGUUUCGCUCGUCGCUUCGGUAAAACCCGAAGCUGGCGAGUCGCAUUAAAAUGCUUACUCCUACUUCACCGACUACUUCGGUCGUCGCCCGAAGACAGCCUUUUUCGAACCGAACUAUUAAUCAAUCGGUCCAAUGGUUCAAUCUCUUUAUACCCUUGCAAUUUCCGUGACGUUUCGUCAUCGGACCCCGAGAGUUUCACCGCGUUUAUCAGGUCCUACGCUCGUUUACUCGACGAAAUCUCCAACGAAGACAAUCAUCGCCGCCGCCCCGGACCGCCCAAUAAUUCGCUGGAAGAAAUCGGAAGAGUUCUCGAAGUGUUAGAACAGAUUCAAAGUUUGAUCGACCGUGUCAUCGAAUGUAAACCGACCGGAGUCACGGCACGAAACUUCUUGAUUCAAACGGCGAUGAAGCAUAUAAUCCGUGACAGCUUCGUAUGUUACACCGUGUUCAAAAACGACAUCGUUUUCUUGCUGGAAAACAUGUUCCAAAUGCCGACAUACCGGUGUUGUAUAUCGGUGUUUGAUGUAUAUAGAAAAGCAGCUUUACAAGCGGACCGGUUAUAUGAGUUUUAUCAAUGGUGUAAACUUAUGGGUGUAUGUGGGUGUUAUGAAUAUCCAUUUGUGGAUCGAAUCCCAUUGUUGCAAAUUCAAGCUCUUGAAAGCUUCAUUAAUGGUAUGUGGGAAAUAAAGGAUGAUAAUGGUGAUCAUCAGUCACCAUCAUCAUCAUCGUUAUCAUCGACGGCUGAAAAGGUGGGUGAUGAAGGUGAAGAAGAACGACAGCCGUUGAUUAAGCUAAAUGAUGAUGAUGAUAGCUGGGAAGAUAUAUUGGAAGCUUCUGUGGUUAAUUUCAGUAGCCAUGGAAGUGAUGAAAAAGACGAAUGGAGGAUUCAAGUUUACAAUCCCUUUGAUGGGAAAUAUGUAAGCAGUGACCCUAAUUAUCCAUGGGGACAUUGA